AUGGGAAUCUUUCCAGAAGAUAGUGAUGUUAACAUAGAGACAUUGAUCAAUUUAUGGGUUUCUGAGGGUUUUCUAGGGAAAGAAAUGCUCAAAACCCUGGAAGAAGUGGGAAGAGAUUGCUUGGAGGAUCUUGUUAGUAGGAAUCUCAUAAUGGUUAAGAAGAGAAGAUGGAAUAGUGAGGUGAGAACAUGUGGUGUCCAUGAUCUGGUUCGUGACUUGAUUUUAAGAGAAGCUGAGAAAGAGAAACUCCUGCAGGUUACUAAAAAUCCUUCAGCAGAGAUGCGUCAGGUUCGUCGAUACAGUUUCCAUUCAGGCAUUUAUCAGGCUGAUUUCUUGGAGUCAUCAUCAAGUGAUCUCACCCGCACUGUGCACUUCUUCCAUGGACUAGGUUCUAAACAAGUUCCUCUUUUCGCGCGCUUCAAACUACUUAGAGUGUUGGCAAUUCUCGAUUUUACAUUUGAAGAUUUUCCACUUGAGAUAACAAAAUUCGUACAUCUCAGAUACCUUCAAUUCAACUGUUACGAUGAUCUUCACCGGUUAGUGUCAGAGCUUUAUAAUCUGCAGACCUUGAUUUUUGGUUACCGGGGUGAUAAAACUCCAACUAUACCUGCAGCAAUCUGGGAGAUGAAACAUUUAAGGCAUCUUGACGUCAGUAACUUUUUUUCUUUCCAGAUUCCAUCAAGUAAGAUACAGUCUGGUUUCAAGCUACAAAAUCUGGAGGAACUUUCCUGCCUAUGCUUUUCCAGCUCUACUAGUGAAUUUUUUUCUGCUAUUCCAAAUCUCAAGAGGCUGAAAAUUUCUGGAAAUUGGAGAGAAUGCGAGAGGAAGAAAAUUUCCCAUCGCUUAAAUAAUAUUUCCUGUUUAAAUAAACUUGAAAUAUUGAAGGUCAUCUGCUAUGGAAUAAACCAACCCCCAAUCCCGUGCAAGUAUGCUUUGCCUAUAUCUCUGAAGAGGUUGACUUUGAAAAGGACCUACUUACCAUGGGAAGACAUGGCAAACAUGAUGACGUUGCCAAACCUUGAAGCGCUUAUAAUUAAAAGAAAUGGAUUGUAUGGUGGAGUUUGGAUAUUAAAUGAUGAGGAGAAGUUCAAUCAGCUUAAGUUCCUCCUAAUCGAUUGGACAAAUCUGGAGCACUGGGAAGCUGGCAGUGUCAACUUUCCAAAUCUGCAGUGCCUAGUUGUGAAAAGAUGCAGAUACCUGGAGGAGAUUCCUAAAGACGUUGGGGAAAUUUGUUCCUUGGAAUCAUUAAAAUUGGACGAUUGCAGCAUUUCUGCUGCUAAAUCUGUGAAAGAAAUUCAAGAAGAUCAAGAGAACAUGGGAAACGAGAUCCUUAGUGUCCACAUCCAUAAUUGUUGUAUAUAGCUUUCCAGCAUGAAUUGUUGGAUAGGCCACCUGGUGUACCUUUAUGAUCAUCCUGAACUGAAUGCACGGUCAGUUUGUUGGAUUCUGUAUGACUUGCCAGGAUCCUUUUGUGCCAAAUGAGAAGCUAUACAUAGAUGAGCUAGAAAUGGUAACUGGACAAAGCAAUUUCACCAAAUGAUCAAGCAAGAAGCAGUUCAAUCUCAGCCAUGCCGAGUGUAUAUUAAGAUUCUUCUCUCAAAUCCUGCAACCAAAGCAGACAUAUUUUGCUGGACAACAUAGAAAUUUGCUGCUCCUUGACUAGUUGCUUGAUAUUCUUCUGUUGUAACUAAGGAGUGAAAGUUCAGCAAAUUAUAGACAGUAGUUCAAUAACAUGCGCCCCUCCCCCUCCAACACCCCCUGGGGCACUUACGCCUGCGAGGUUUCCCUUUUGAUGAAAAUAUGUAUACUAUUGCAGAAACACUGAAAGAUCCUUUGUGGAAAAAAAGAUGGCCUACAGCAGUCGAGGAUAUUAUUGUAUAACCGGGACAUGACCUUUCCGAUUUGUUAUUAUUAUUUUUUUUGGUAUUUACUAAGAAGAAGAAAAUUGAGUAGCCAGAGACUGAGCCUAUUUGGCCGAAAAGUAUCUCCUAUCGAAAGUAUUUUUAUUCAGAAAGUACGUUGGAGAGUAACAGUUUGUGUUUGGCUAAAUUUACUGAAAAAUGCUUCAUUUUAGAAAGUUGAAAAUAUUUU